AUGUCUGUACAUGAGAAGUUCAGUGGUGAUGUCAAAGAGAUAAGUGACGUUGUGUCAUCUGACCAGUCUUUACAUGUAGCGGCUGUGUUCAAGGAAUACGAACCAGAGGAGCAGGUGCUUUUUGAAGUUGACCAAAUUGUGAAAGAAUACGACCUGGAAGAUCAUCGAGAGCUUCUGAGCCGUGGUGCCUUGUGGGCCAAUAACCCAGAUAUUCUCGACACUGAAGGUUACAGUGAUGAAGAGCGCCGAGUUGCUAAAAAGGCCAUAGAAAAGCCUUUGUUGUCGCUUUCUAAGCAUAUGCUGUUAGCUGCACUUUGUACCUCAUGUGCUGCUAUCAACUUUGGGAUGGACGAAAGUGCAAUUGGUGGCGCUGUUUUGCAAUAUCAAACCCAAUUUGAUAUUACAGACCCAAAUAUACAAGGUCUUACCGUUGCCGCGCCUUACCUUGCUGCUGCUUGUUUGGGUUCUCCCCUUACUCUCUAUCUUGACAAGUAUGUGGGAAGGAAAUGGAUCGUCUUUUUAAGCUGUUUCAUCGGCUUCGCUGGAUCGCUAAUCCAGGCUUUCUCCAACGGGCUUGGCUGCCUUUUGUUUGCCAGAUUAUUCCUAGGUAUCGGAAUGGGCCUAAACUCUUCCACUGUGCCCAUCUAUACCGCUGAAUGCUCUCCCGCAAUUUCUCGAGGCUCAAUUUUGAUGUUGUGGCAAACUUUCAUUGCGCUCGGUGUUUGCUUGGGAUCUGUAUUCAAUCGAGCCUUUGUGAAUAUAAGCGGAUCGCUUUCGUGGCGCCUUAUGAUAGGAUCCUCGGCUGUUGCUCCUUUCGUCACCGGAAUCCUGAUCUUCUUUCCUCCAGAAUCUCCAAGAUGGCUCAUUGCACAUGGGAAAACCAGGGAGUCUCUGAGUUCAUUGUUAAAGCUUAGACCCAACAAGCUAUCAGGAGCGCGGGACUUUUAUAUUCUUCAUCAGUCUUUGAAGUUCGAGUCUGAAUUGGAAACGCGGCUUUCUUCUUGGAAGCAGUUUUUGUCCCUGUUCACCAACAAAAGAAACAGAUUUGCUUUGAUCGUGUCACUGAUUGGCAUUUUGGGCCAGCAGUAUGGAGGAGUGAACAUUUUGGUCUCCUACACAACCACAAUUCUUACAAAGUCCGGCGUUGAUCCUGUUACGGCGAUUGCAGGUUCUAUUGGAAUUGGAGGCGGUUGCUUCCUGGCCACAUUUAUAUCAACGCAAUUGAUUGACCGUUUCGGAAGAAGAAAAAUGCUUCUUUUCACGCUACCCAUGGAGGCGCUAUGUUUGUUUUGGUUGGGCGGCAUUCUCAAUGUUUCGAAUUCACAAAGCCGGCUUGGGGCAGGCCUGGCCUCGAUGUACGUUUACGUUUUGUUCUACGGAACUGGGAUUGGUCCGGUAAGCUUCACCCUAGUUGCAGAGACCUCGUCCAUAACUGUGAGAAUGGCACACAGUGCCACAUGUAUGUUUGUGAAUUGGAUCCUGGACUUUUGUCUGAGCAUGACAUGGCCCAAAAUGGAAUCUUCCAUGACGGCUUCUGGAGGCCUAUAUUUCUACGGCGGUUGCAACAUUGUCAUCUGGAUUCUCACAUUCCUCUGCAUUCCGGAAACAAUGCGGUUUACGCUGGAACAACUCGAUGAAAUAUUCAAAGUUGGAGUUUCGGCUCACGUAAAGAAAAGUCUACACAAACUACUUCGCCGGUAA